AGAUCAGGAAAAAUACAAUUAUCGAGUGUUUAUAGCGUCCGGGUAUUGGCGCCGGUGACGGCGAGGAGGCAAAUUAGAACUGGAUAUAUUGAUCGAGAGCUGGUUGUUGCGUGAUUGCGAGGGUGUUGUGCGCUGACGCAGUUCAAAGCAUUCACCCCUCGCAAGUUUGCCCUGCCGGCAGGCAUAUCCCGCUUCCUCUUUAUUGUCAGCAAAAGGCCUGCAGAAAUAUCACUGCGCUAGGCUGUUGCGUAUCAGUUGUAAAGCGCAUAUAUAACGCCAAUGCAAUCGUAUCGGUAAACGAAUAUCUAAUUGAAAACGGUGGUUGAUUGUCGCGGUGUUAUUGUUGUCCCUAUUGUUGUUGCACCUGUGUAACAUAAGGCGGUCUGCGUUAUGUCUGGCGCAAGACAGGGACUAUAUUGGAUUUGCUACUCUACCGGAACAAGUUCACCGAAAGUCUGUGAAAAGAGGAUUCGAAUUUACGUUAAUGGUUGUGGGCGAGACUGGCCUGGGUAAAUCAACACUGAUAAACAGUCUAUUCCUUGGGGAUCUAUACAAAGAUCGUCGAAUUCCCGACGCCUUAGAACGUGUUGAGAAAACUACAACGGUUGAAAAAAAAACUAUGGAUAUCGAAGAACGCGGAGUGAGACUUCGACUAACGAUUGUUGACACGCCAGGAUUUGGCGAUUCUGUAAAUUGCGAUGACACGUGGAAGGCCUGCUCAGCUUACAUAGACGAACAAUUCCGUCAGUAUUUCACCGACGAAAGCGGAUUAAAUCGAAAAAAUAUCCAAGACAACAGAGUGCAUUGCUGCCUGUACUUCAUACCGCCGUAUGGCCACGGUUUAAGGCAAAUGGACUUGGAAGUGAUGCGACGAUUGCAUCGGAAGGUGAAUAUAGUACCGAUUAUCGCUAAAGCGGACACCCUAACAGCCCACGAAGUUAAGAAACUUAAGGAGAGAAUUUUGGCCGACAUAGACGAACACGAUAUCCAGAUAUACCAAUUCCCGGACUGCGACAGCGACGAGGACGAGGAUUUCAAGCAGCAGGACAAAGAGCUGAAGGCCUGCACCCCCUUUGCCGUUAUCGGAAGUUCAACGGUCCUCGAGGUUGCCGGGAGAAAAGUACGCGGUCGACAGUAUCCCUGGGGUGUGGUUGAAGUUGAAAAUCCGAAACACAGCGACUUUGUGAAGCUACGAACGAUGCUGAUAUCAACACACAUGCAGGACUUGAAAGACGUAACGCAGGACGUACACUACGAGAACUUUCGCGCCCAGUGUAUAUCGCAAAUUUCACAGCAAGCGAUACGCGAACGGAGCAAACUUAAACGGGACUCCGGACCGCACUUUGAGCACAGUAUAUCCGACACGGAUAGGCUGCUGUUGCAAAAAGACGAAGAGAUCCGCCGUAUGCAAGACAUUCUCGCCCAGAUGCAGGAAAAACUUAAAGCAACUGGGCAAGGGGGUGGAAUUGGUAUGCGCAGCCGCGUAGGGAGUCUCGGUAACGACUUGGACGUCGCGGAUGCUGAUAAGAAGCGAAAUAGCAUCAUCGACGUGUAGAGUCGUCCCAGAGUAAGCUGGCAUGUACGAUAAUAAUAAUAAUAAUAAUAAUUGAAUAGACCUGUACAAUAUGUGUGUACAUUAUGUAGAAACGUACCUACUAUAAAGUUGUGCGUACGUAUGCGUAUGUUAGUUUAAUUAGUAAAAUUGUGUAACAAAUUUAAUUUCUUCGAAUAAGAUAAUAUAAGAAGAAUUUUCAAACUUCAUUUGCGAUAUUAUGUGCAAAAAACUAUCAUUAUUUGAGCUCUGAAAAUAUUCUGCAGAACUCAAGUAACGUUAUAGUUGGAUUAAAUUAUUGUAUGGAUGAUUAUUUGUAUAAUUAAUACUGAACUGAACGCACAAUGUUCAAGUAUUAUAUCUCAUGCAGCACAGUGGUGCGCAGAUAUACAGUGCAAGCCACUGCACUGUAGUAAAGGUUCAUUCUCAAAAUACGUAAGAUA